AUGUUUAUAAACAAUUUGAAAGAAAAAGCUGAAAACAGUGAAUGUGUCUUUUUCUUUGACCAUUGUAUGGAUGAACAUCAACGCUUGACAAGAGUAUUUUGGGCAGAUGCAAUUAGUAGAAAAAAAUAUUCGUUGUUCUGUGAUAUGAUUACAUUUGAUACAACAUUUGACACCAACAAAUACUCUAUGGUUUUUGCCCCAUUUACGGGUGUUGAUAACCAUGGUAAGUGUGUGACUUUUGGGAUAGGCUUGCUUGAAAAGGAGGAUAUUGAAUCCUUUGAAUGGUUAUUUGAAACUUUCUUAAAAGCAAUGAAUAACUGUCAGCCUGCCUGUAUCAUGACAGAUCAAAACCCGGCGAUGAAAGUGCAUUUGUUAUUGAUUGAGUUGUGGUUUCGCUAUGAAUCCGCAAUUGAUGCUCAAAGGCACACACAAGACAAGUUGAAUGCUACUUCGAAAACUACACAUCCCCAACUUGUCACCCCCCUGCACUUGGAAAAGCAUGCUGCACUAGUUUACACUCAUAAUUUAUUUUACAUAUUCCAAAAGGAAUUCAAGCAUGCUUUGUACAAUUGUGGUAUAGGUAGUGUUACCAUCAAAGAAGAAGAAGGGAUUGAGCAAUAUAGAAUUGUUGACAACACUAGGAAAAAGAGCUAUCAUUUCACAUAUGUUUUGUGUUCUAAUGAUGCUUCUUGCUCCUGUAGAAUGUUUGAAUCUGUUGGAAUAUUAUGUCGUCACAUUCUCUUUGUCAUGAAAGGAAAGUUCUUAUUUGAAAUUCCAAGGCAAUAUGUUUUGCAUCGUUGGACUAAAGAAGCUAUGAAGAAACCAAUAUUUGGCUUAAACAACAACUUGCUUGAUGGGGCACAGAAGGAUAAGAAGCAAAAGCUAGUUGGUGAUUUAUGGUACAGGUUUUUUUCAUGUGUAAGUCUUUGUGAGGAGAAAGUUGAAUGUCUUGAAUCAUUGUUGUCUAAGCUAAUAUCUUUUGAAAUUGAGAUGAAAGACUUGGAAUCUGAAGGUCCAGUUGAUAAACGUGAAGCAAAAAAUAAGCACAUCGAAUUAUUUGUUGGAUCUAAUGACAUUGUUGUUGAUAUUCUUCCUCCAAACAAGUCUUCCAACAAAGGUAGCGGUAGUGGAAAAAGGAAAAAAUCAGACAAAGAGAUUGCUAUUGAGGAAAGCCAAAAGAAAGAUAGACUUUGUAGAACUUGUGGUCAGAGAACAAACCAUGAUAGUCGGAAUUGUCCGCAAAAAAAAAUCCAAAUUGAAUGA